GUUUAUAUAGUCGCAGUGUUAAUAAUGUUACAAGAUAGUAUUGAGUUCCUAAAUUAGUAAAUCUCUCUCUAAAUCAUGACUACAUUAGAAGAUCCACGAAAUUAUGUUGCUUCCAAACCUGUAUCGGAAAUAUCUCAUAAAGGUCUGCGUGUGUCAGCAAGAAGCUCCCUCGUCUAUACAUGCAGCGUGCCAGAGAGACGAGAAGUUGCUAAACAAAAUUACGUCAGGCGAAAUCAUCAGAUGCAGAAAUGUGGUUAUAAUUCUGUUUCUUAUAAACCGUAUAAAACUCUCGGAAAGGUUUAUCUUGAAGACAAAAACCUGAUUUUGGUUGCACUUGGCCAGAAAGAUGACAAAAUCAAUGCUAGCAGUGAGAAUAUAGAUUUACGUGUUAUCCAAGAACCAAAACUAGAAAAUAAUGAACACAAGUCAAAGACAAAGACUGUCGAGAAUGAAGAAAAAGCAGAUUGGAAAUUAACCAGUGAAUCUCAAGUGCAAUUUUUAUCCUUCAAAUCUACUGAAAAGCUGGAGAAUAUUCAAUCACAAUUAUCAAAAGGAAGAAAAAUGAUUAAUGCAGUUCGACUUGGUUUCAACCUGUUUCGUUUGAUCAAAGAAGAAAAACAGCGAAAGGCAGACGAGGCUGAAGUAGAGCGACAACGGAAGUUGGAUAAUGCAAAGAGCAGCAUGAAAAUUAUUUCGCCGUCAGAAAGUUCAGAUGAAUCAGACGACGAAGAAGAACGUUCAAACGUUAAAUUUGAAGAAAUUAGUGAUCUGAAAUCGUCUCAUGAUGAUGCAAUACCUCUGGAUUACUUAAGUGUAGAUACAAAUUUCGAAGUUCACACAGACGGUUCAAUGAGUAUAUCAGGCAGAGAUACUCCUGCGACAGCUCUGAAAUCAAGAAGUGCAGGACAACUUUAUCAAAAGAGAAAACCUCGCAUUUCGUCAAUGCGACCAUAUUCACCAGUUUUCUCAAAUAUUAGUUCGCCAAAUUUGGACUGCAGAGAAAGUUUAUUUCGUCAACUCUGUGCUCUCAAUUGGAUCCUUGAUGCAAUGUCACAAGAUGUUUUCCCGCCUGUUGUUAGUCCAAUAACAAAUUGCUGGAAUAUUAAAGAUUUACUGGAGGAAUCUCGAAUAUCAAGAAGAAAAGUUGAGAGACAGAGGCAGUCUGAAUCCAACUGGCAGACUCUUCUAGUUAAUCCUUCACGCUUUUCACAGAGAAGCAACCGUAAAGGAGCUCGUCGCAUUUCUGUUCAUCCUCAGCAUCUUCAACGUCUUUCAGCCGUCACAUCAUCAUCUUCAAACACACUUGCAGUGAAAUCAUCAGCGUCACCUGUGGAACCGAAAACACGGCUGGCUAGUGUAUCAAGUACCGACCCGGCAGUAGAGAGUAGUGAAACUCCAGUAGAGAGUGAAAAAAAUAUUUCAGAAAAUGUCAACAUGAACGACGAAACUAAGACAGUUGCAGGUACACGAGAAGAAAAAAGUAAGAAUGUAAAAGAAAAACGUUUGGUCAAAAUGAAAUCAUUUACAAUGAAUAAUAAUACACCUGAGAAGAACCAACCGAAGCAACGCAGUAGUGUCUUAUCUCAAGAGGAAUUGAACAGACUUAUUUCUUCAGAAGUUGGGGAAAACUCUUCGAAAAAAGCUGAAUCUCGAGUGCGGGCUUGGGUAAGGCAAACAGAUCAGAGGAACGCUAAAACGAAGUUCUUAACGGCUGCUCUGAGUACAUUUGGUGCCAUACGGAUGAGCAAUAGUGUUGCAGAAAUACCUUCAGAAAUGAGAAGACGAUUUAGCGAGGUGACGGAAGAAAGGAAUGUCUUGUUACAUGAUAAACUAGAAAGACAAAAUAAAAGAAGAUGGCAUAUUUUACAACGUAAAUUUAUCAGACUCGGUAGUUCGAAUCAUAUUCGGGAUGCUUUAGAGAAAAUUCGCAAUGACAGUUUUUCAGAUGAACCCGUGGAGACUGGUGAAGAAAUGAGACAACGUGUUAGUGAGGAGUGUGAAUGGUAUAAGGACCUAAUCGACAAUUUUCCCGAGGAUAUCAAAAAUGAUCGCUAUAUUAGUAUUGUAUUGAACAAGAUAGCUCAAUAUGGAUCACUGGAGGGAAGAAAAGUGAGUGUACAACAUUUUCUGAAGAUCAUGGCGACAUUACGACCUUGGGAAGUUUGUUAUCCAGAAAUAGCUGCAGCUAUAGAGUUUGUGCGUGAAAAUAUUGUUGGAUUUUCAACAGUGGAAUAUGAUGAUUGGUUUACGUCUUGGAAUCCCAUCAAGCAACGCUCUUCAUCCGCCCCAGUCCCUUCAUAGGCUGCAUUAAAUUUUACUCAAUGGUGCAGUGCGAUUGGCGUGAUUUCUUUAAGUAGGGUUACACCAGGCACACUCGUGUAAACUCAUACAGUGCGUGGCGGUGUGAUCCUCUUAGUAGGGCACUUACUGAGCGACAUUAUAUUCCAAAAUGUUAAUAACAUUUCAAGACGAACAUUUUCCUUGCGCAGUGCAUGAGCCACAAAGUGGCGAAGCUCUUCCGCUUUUUUGUUAGAAGAGACAUUUGGCUCUCUUAAUCACGUGCAUGUGUUCUAAUCUAAGCCUCGUUUACAGUACGCAAACUAACCCGGGCCGGUCGAACUCGGGUAAGGGCAAACUCGGGCUAGUUUUUGCACGCUUAACUUAACAAAUGUAAGCACGCUUGAUCCAGGUUAACCCAGGUUAGUUUGAACCCUGCUUUGGAGGUGGGCUCCCCUGAGUCGAACCCGGGUUAACACUAAUGUAAACAAACCCAGGGAUCGACCCGGGUUUGAGUUUGCGUAGUGUAAACAAGGCUUUAGACUUCGAUUUCACGAAAUGUCGAGCUUUAGAAACGGAUGGCGAGCUUUAGAAACGGAGGAACAUUUGAGAUCAUGUCAGGAAUUGAAGUUGUCAGUCGUUUUGUGGAAUAUUUGAGCAAGAACCGAGCUCUUUAUAGCUUCUUAAAUUGUCUUUGAAAAGUCUCAAGAGAUCUGAAAACUUAACACGAGUUCCCGUGAUGGAUCUGAGCGUGAAAGAUCAUAAAAUCAUCAAGACUGUUAUCCAGUUUAUUGUAGCAUUGGGUAUUAUUUGUCCCAGCCUUUUCGAAGGAGUAGGUGCAGCCUUUAAACAAAGAACUGGUUUUGGUGAUGCUUUGUGAGCUGAGCAAGAGAUCAAGUGUCCACAAUGUUUCUAUAAGUGUGUAUAAUGGUCUUGGUUAAUUGUCUCGACGAGCCUUCGUUGAGCGGAGAGAUGUUGAAAAGCACCCCCUGUGCUGAUGUUAAGUUUGGCUAACUCUGGCUUCAGUGUAUAAUACCUGCGUGGUUCGAUUCAUUGUUGCGAGGAUUCGAAUGGUCGCAGUAGGUUUGUCCACUUUCUCUACAAGUGCCGUCCCAAACUUCGAAGUUAUGUAUUUGAAAUUAAAUCAAAGUUGGAUUUUAUAUGCAAUCAAUUGGGAAUAACAAUUGAAUGUGCUCUUAAAAUGGCCAUAAACAUGCCGUGUUUCUUGUUGUGGAAUGAAAAUUUAGCUACAGAAGAAUUCAGGGUGAUUCAUCGAGAUUAUGGUCUACCAAUGGGAUCUAACUACCUGGAUUACCAUACUGCACUGCUAUACCCAACAAUGGUGAAGUCUUUGUUCAAAGUAUCUCAUGGAGCAUUGAUGAAUAAACCAAAUCCACAAUUAGUAGAAAAUCUUGAGUAAUGUUCUCAAUGUCAGAUAUUUUGAAAUAUUAAUUUGAAAACUUGCAGGGAAAGCCAGGGGAUUUAUCCAGACAUUUGAUUGACAGUUCUCGAGCUGAAGGCACUAACGAAAACGCAGAGUUGACUGU